UGGCGCCGUAGAGAGAACACGGUGUUUCAGCGAGCUCUCGUGGCAUUCGUAAAUUUAUAUUCUUACAUUAAUCUCCUAGCUUGAAAAAGUGGUAGAAUUGGCUAAAUAAGUUACCAUAUAAUGAGUCUUGACGACUAUUUCGCAAAAAUCUCCGACAACAUGCCCAAUAGAACUACUAAGAAGUCGACCAAAACCACCACCCCUGUGGAUGUGCACGAGGAGCUAGCUAACGUUAGCGAAGCUAACACCAUUGCGGACCCAGGCACAAUGGACCUGAUAAUUCAAAAGAUGACUGAUAACAUUACUAAAGUGAUCGAUGCUAAAAUAAGAACGGUCUUGGAAGCAAUAGCAAGCCAUUCAGCCGAAAUACAGAGCGUUGUGAAACGUGUUGUUGAGGCGGAAGGAAGAAUUGCUGCAGUGGAAACUUCAACUACAUCUAUGGACGCUAAGAUAAAAGCACUUGAGAAACAGGUGCGGGAAAUGGCGGAGCACAUUGACGACUUGGAUAAUCGAGGACGCAGAUGCAAUAUUCGUGUUGUGGGACUCCCGGAAAAUUCUGAAGGGACACAUUCAGUAAAAUUCUUUGAGGAAUGGAUCCCUGGCUACCUACAAAUGGACACUAAGGCUGGUCGUGUGAAGCUGGACAGAGCCCAUCGCUCUCAAGCACCGAUACCGGGCCCCAAUCAGCGCCCACGGCCGGUGGUUAUAAAGUUCCACAACUUUACCGACAAGCAGCGCGUCAUGGAUGCGGCUAGAAACAUCGGUUCUGUUGGUAGUCAACAUAAAAGUCCAAAGGUCUCAUUCUUCAAUGAUUACUCCACAGCGGUUGUACGAAGACGCAAAGCGUUUGAUGAGGCGAAGGCUCGACUCAGGAGAAUGAAGAUGGACUACGCACUGUUGUACCCGGCCACAUUGAAGAUUAUGGUCAACGGAUCACCUAAAAAGCUCUACACACCUGAAGAGGCUGCUGCGUUUAUUGACUCUCUCGGAAUGCGAGGAAUGUUCUCAAUGACACUUGUGCUGCUUGUGUUCUUGAUGGUCACAAUAGAGGCAGGACACAAACAUGGUGACAAAAAAGGUCAGAAAGCCAAAGAGGGGGGGCAAGCAGAGUGCCCUGAGAAGUGCUUUGUCAAAUGUGUUCCCAACGCUAGUGACUUUGGGGAUGGGUUCUGUGAGGCAACCUGCAGCAAGCACACCACCAAACAAUGCAAUAUCCCUUGCAACUGGAAGAAGGCCUUUGCUGACUGCAAGUACAGGUUCACCAACUGGGGAGAGUGUGACACAAACACCGGCACCAAGAGCCGGUCAGGAACCCUGAAGAAAGACCUAUUCAAGUUAGAGUUAGUUCAAGUUAGGCCACCAUCUAGCUGACCAAGCCCUGCUCCUCCAGGCCGAAGGGGAAGGGAGGAAAAGGUAGGUUGGAUCUCAAUAGAGAUCGGAAAAUGUGAAUUUGUUCAUAACUGACUUGCCUAGUUAAAUAAAGGUCAAAAACAAAGACCACCAUAGGACAAACCUAGCGGGCAACAAGGGUUUGUUAAGGGGAUGAAGAAUGCAGAUGUUUAGCAUACUUGUUAGUAGGUAUGAAUUUGUCACUAAACUGGAAAAGCAGGUUCUCCAA